GGGACACACGACAUGUGCUCACCGGCUCUGCAGAUAACAGCUGUCGGCUCUGGGACUGUGAAACAGGGAAGCAGCUGGCUCUGGUGAAGACCAGUUCGGCAGUGAGGACGUGUGGCUUUGACUUUGGAGGAAACAUCAUAAUGUUUUCCACAGACAAGCAGAUGGGAUAUCAGUGUUUUGUGAGCUUCUUUGACCUCCGGGACCCCAGCCAGAUCGAGAACAACGAGCCUUACAUGAAAAUCCCCUGCAGUGAUUCUAAAAUCACGAGUGCUGUGUGGGGCCCCCUGGGAGAGUUCAUCAUCGCAGGACAUGAGAGCGGAGAGCUGAACCAGUUCAGUGCCAAGUCAGGGGAGCAGCUUUCAAACAUCAAGGAACACACCAAGCAAAUCAACGAUAUUCAGACCUCCAGGGACAUGACUAUGUUCAUCACUGCCUCCAAGGACAACACGGCCAAGCUAUUUGAUUGCACAACACUUGAGCAUUUGAAGACGUUCCGGACGGAGCGACCGGUGAACUCUGCCGCACUCUCCCCCAUUUUUGAUCACGUCGUGCUUGGUGGUGGGCAAGAGGCCAUGGAUGUGACCACAACCUCCACCAGGAUUGGGAAGUUCGAGGCGAGGUUCUUCCACUUGGCUUUUGAAGAAGAGUUUGGCAGAGUGAAGGGUCACUUUGGUCCGAUAAAUAGCGUUGCUUUUCACCCUGACGGGAAGAGCUACAGCAGCGGGGGUGAGGAUGGCUACGUUCGCAUCCAUUACUUCGAUCCCCAGUACUUUGAGUUUGAAUUUGAAGCUUAGAGGAGGACGUCUCCUCUUCCUUUUCCUCCUCCAAUCCAUCGGCUCCUGCGCAGAACUGUUGUUAAGGCCUGAAGUGGGUCUGCUCCUCAGGAGGCAGUGGGAAGCAGCAGCGAGCUCGGGGGCUAUGUGAAGGUGGGGAAUUGGAAACCCAACCGGCUCGAAAGGGCAGGACUGGCUUUCGCAGGAGGU